AUGGGGAACGCAGGGAGCUUGAACCAACACACGGACCCCAGAGGACACCACAUGCCCCUCAAACUGCCCAUGCCCGAGCCGGCCGAGCUGGAGGACAGAUUUGCGCUCGUCCUGAACUCAAUGAACCUGCCUCCAGACAAAGCAAGAUUACUACGACAGUACGACAACGAGAAGAAAUGGGAACUCAUUUGUGACCAGGAACGAUUCCAGGUGAAGAAUCCUCCUCACACAUACAUCCACAAGCUGCAGGGUUAUCUUGACCCAGCCGUGACCAGGAAGAAGUUCAGGAGGAGAGUGCAGGAGUCGACGCAGGUCCUGCGGGAGCUGGAAAUCUCAUUACGGACCAAUCACAUAGGGUGGGUGCGGGAGUUUCUGAAUGAAGAGAAUAAGGGUUUGGAUGUGUUGGUGGAGUAUCUGUCAUUUGCACAGUAUGCUGUCACGUAUGACGGUGACAGUUCUGAGAGCAGCACAGAAAACUCUGUGGAUAAAUCCAAACCCUGGAAUCGAUCGAUUGAAGAUCUCCACGGAGGAAACCACCUCUCAUCAGCUGUCACAGGCAGCAGCAUCUCCAGAGCCAGCAGACAUUCAACCAUAAGGUCUAACACGUUACCCAGCCGGAGGACACUGAAGAAUUCCAGAUUAGUGUGUAAGAAAGACGACCUUCAUGUGUGUAUCAUGUGCCUACGAGCCAUCAUGAACUACCAGUAUGGCUUCAACAUGGUCAUGUCUCACCCUCAUGCUGUGAAUGAAAUUGCACUAAGUCUGAACAAUAAGAAUCCCAGAACUAAAGCUCUGGUUCUGGAGCUGCUGGCUGCUGUGUGUCUGGUUCGAGGAGGUCACGAGAUCAUUCUCUCCGCCUUUGAUCAUUUUAAAGAGGUGUGUUUAGAAGAUCAGCGGUUUGAGAAACUCAUGGAACAUUUCAAGAAUGAAGAUAACAACAUUGACUUCAUGGUUGCAUGCAUGCAGUUCAUAAACAUUGUGGUUCAUUCUGUGGAAGACAUGAAUUUCAGAGUGCACUUACAGUACGACUUCACCAAGCUGGGUCUGGACGAGUAUCUGGACAAACUGAAGCACACCGAGAGCGAUAAGCUGCAUGUGCAGAUUCAGGCGUACCUGGAUAACGUGUUUGAUGUGGGGGCUCUGUUAGAGGACGCAGAGACCAAGAACGCAGCGCUGGAGAGAGUGGAGGAGCUGGAGGAGAACAUGUCUCAUCUGACGGAGAAGUUGCAGGACACAGAGAACGAGGCGAUGGCAAAAAUCGUUGAGCUGGAGAAACAACUGAUGCAAAAAAAUAAAGAGCUGGACUCUGUCCGGGAGGUGUAUAAAGACGCCAGCUCUCAGGUGCACACCCUGCGGAGGAUGGUGAAGGAGAAGGACGAGGCCAUUCAGAAACAGAGCAACCUGGAGAAGAAGAUCCACGAGCUGGAGAAACAGGGAACCAUCAAGAUCCAGAAGAAAGCGGACGGGGACAUUGCCAUCCUGACGCCCCCUCCACAGGGGAACGGGCAUCUGCCAGGGUCACAGGGCGUAGCUGGGGGGUCCCGUGAGGGGGCGGCACAGGGCCUGACCGUGCCUGAUCCUCCACCGCCCCCUCCACCUCCUCCAAUGCCAGAGACACUCCCAAACGGUCCAUCCGCUCCUCCUCCUCCUCCUCCUCUCCCCGCUGUGGACAUAUCUGCCCCUAUGCCCCCUCCGCCGCCCCCCAUGGCUCCUCCACUUCCAGGCUGUGGAUCUCCCACUGUCAUCAUGAACUCAGGACUGGCAGAGGGACCCAUCAAACUGUGCUCUGUGAAGAUCAAGAAACCCAUCAAGACUAAGUUUCGUAUGCCGGUGUUUAACUGGGUGGCGCUGAAGCCCAAUCAGAUCAACGGCACUGUGUUCAACGAGAUCGAUGACGAACGAAUCCUGGAGGAUCUGAAUGUGGAUGAGUUUGAGGAGAUGUUUAAGACGAAAGCACAGGGGCCUGCCAUAGACAUCACCUCCAGCAAACAGAAGACCUCUCAGAAAGGACCAUGUAAAGUCUCGCUGCUGGACUCCAACCGAGCCAAAAACCUGGCCAUCACGCUCAGAAAAGUGGGCAAGACAUCAGAGGAGAUCUGCAGAGCCAUUCAGAUGUUUGACCUGCGGACGCUCCCGGUGGAUUUCGUGGAGUGCUUGAUGAGGUUCGUUCCGACGGAAGCGGAGCUGAAAGUUCUCCGUCAGUACGAGAAGGAGCGCAAACCUCUGGAGAACCUGACGGAUGAGGACCGCUUCAUGAUCCACUUCAGCAAGAUCGAGCGUCUCAUGCAGAAGAUGACCAUCAUGGCGUUCGUGGGCAACUUCACAGAAAGUGUUCAGAUGCUCACUCCCCAACUUCACGCCGUUAUUGCAGCGUCUGUCUCCAUCAAGUCCUCACAAAAACUCAAGAAGAUCCUGGAAAUCAUCUUGGCUCUGGGAAACUACAUGAACAGCAGUAAACGAGGAGCGGUGUACGGCUUCAAACUGCAGAGCUUAGACCUGUUAUUAGACACUAAAUCAACAGACCGCAAGAUGACUCUCCUGCACUAUAUCGCAAAUGUAGUGAAGGAUAAAUACCAGCAGGUGUCGCUCUUCUAUAAUGAGCUGAACUAUGUGGAGAAAGCUGCAGCAGUGUCUCUGGAGAAUGUGUUAUUAGACGUGAAGGAGCUUCAGAGAGGGAUGGAUCUGAUGAGGAGAGAGUACAGCAUGCACGGCCACAACACACUGCUCAGAGAUUUCAUCCAGCAAAAUGAGAAUAAACUCAAAAAACUCCAGGAUGACGCCAAGAUCGCUCAGGAUGCCUUCGAUGAAGUGGUGAAAUUCUUUGGAGAAAACGCCAAAACAACACCGCCGUCCGUGUUUUUCCCAGUGUUUGUGCGCUUUGUGAAAGCAUACAGGCAAGCAGAGGAGGAUAAUGAACAGAGGAAGAGACAGGAGCAGAUGAUGAUGGAGAAGCUGAUUGAGCAAGAAGCUAUGAUGGCGCUAGUGGAUCAGAAGUCUCCCUCUCACAAGAGUAAGCGUCAGCAGCAGGAGCUGAUUGCGGAGCUGAGGAAGAAGCAGGUGAAGGACAGCAGACAUGUGUAUGAGGGUAAAGACGGAGCCAUUGAGGACAUCAUCACAGAUCUGAGAAACCAGCCUUACAGGCGUGCUGACGCUGUCAGAAGGAGCAUUCGAAGACGUUUUGAUGAUCAGAAUUUGCGACCAAUGAACAAUGCAGAGAUGGUCAUGUGACAAGGGCAGAGUGGAUGUGAUUGGAUGGGCUGAAGGAGUGGAGGAGGAGCUAAUGAAGGACUGAUGAAGAUAACAGCAGGUCUGAAAACCAAGUGCCUACAUUUAACAUCUGUCCCAUCAGGUGUUGAAUCAUACAUGUUUUAGUCAUUGUCUUCUGUCUGUGAAUUUUUAUAUGACAAAUGAUGUCUUGAUCUGUCAUUUAUCUUAUUCCGCUUCAGUUGUAUGGUGAGAUCAGUGUUUUCUUGAGAAGGUGUCUGAAUGUAAAACAGUUUAAGUAUCAUGAACUUGUACGAUUGUUUCUUACAUUCCAGUGCUUUUGCCAUGAAUCAAAACCUACCAGGUUAACCAAAUCUACUGGUCUGUCUUAAGAAAGAAAUCCUGUAGUGUCUGUCAGAGCCUGUUUAAUUGUGCCGUUCUUGUGUAACAAACGAAACACAAAACAAAGAUAGAGCCAAACAGAAUGAAAUACAGGUUAAGAAUCAUUUGAAAUGUUUAAAAAAUUGUGUAAGAGUUAGUAAAAAUGUGUUGAUGGCUUGACAUGCUGUAGGGUGCAACUCAGUGGACACAAUAAUGACAUUCCUGAUUUGAAGGUAUUUAAAUGUGUUGUUCCCAAGACCCACACCUGUGUCUUGGCCACUUGAGAGCAUGUGUAAACAACAGGAAGUACACAAGACUAUCCCAGGUCUGAAAAUGCCAAAGCUACAAUUAAAUUGUCGUCUGAACAGUCAUUUACAAGUUUGUGCUUCAAAUGCAAAGUAUUGAAAAUCCAAAUGUGUAAAUAAAGCUCUGUAAAAACUUUGAAUUCUGGAAAUCUAACCACCAGUUCGUAUGAAUUUGUGUAUCAACUUUUACAUGAUUUGUUUACACCCCAGUGGCAGAAUGAAUUCAUACAAAUUGGGGAACUUGUAAAAUACAUACGAUUUAACAAAAGUCAUACACAUUCGUAUGAGUUUAAACAAGGUUAUACAAAUAUCCCACUUCUUAAAAUAUGUAAAAAUUGGCAUGAUAUCGGGUUGGAAAUGGCUUUGAAGUGGUCACAAAGAUCACAAGUGUGGGUAAUGGAACAAGACCCCCCUUUAAAAAUCAUUAUAAACGAACACACUAGUCAGUCGUCUGUUGGACUAAUUGACAUCCUGGUCCUACCCUAAUCAGGUGGUGUUGAUCACAGUCAUGGUGGAGUUACUGCAGGGGGCUGUGAAUGGACAACAUUAGAUGGAGUUCAGUCAAGUAGGGAAGAAGUGUUAUAUGUAAAAUGAUGUUAAGUACAUGGGUCAAAGGCAAAUGUGAAAUCUAAACCAGAGGCAGCAGAACUCCAGUACCUCGUGUUUCUGAAAGACAGCUUACAAGUCUUAAUUAAAAUGGUGCACAAGCAAGACUGCAUUAGGCUUUGGUCUUCAAACUGUGGGUUGGUUAGGAUUACCUAAACCAAAGAGCAGAAAAAGUCUGCAGCCUUUACAAAUGAUGGAGUCAGAAGAGUCAUUUCCAAAAGUUCAUUGACUAAUACAUGUUCAACACAGGUGAAGCUCGGUGCUCUGCCAAAAUCUCGUUUACAUGAAAGCACUUCAAAUGAAGGUUUAUGGGGCAAGGCAUUGCGCAGGAACAAAUGCACAAGUAGUUUUUAAAUUAAAACCUCAAGACUUCAUCCAUGUUGACUUGACUACGGUGAUGGAGAAGUAUUUGAUUGUUCUGUUUUAAAACCAUCGUUGUCUUAACCAGCAAUAUAACACUCCUGUCAAGAUCAUGUAACUGGAUAACUUUGUCAGAACAGAAGUUACCAGAGUUAACAUAUGUAGAAGUCCACAGUAGUCUGCUAAAAUUACAAAACAUGUCAGCUCAAAAAGUGCUUUAACUAAACACUUCCAUUGGAAGUGCACUGAGGUAAAUGGAAUAUUGUUUUGUACACAGAUGAUUAAAUAUGGAGUCUAUGGUGAUUGACAGAUGUUAGUCGGUGACGUUGGCUCUUGUUCUUCACUACACGAGAUCAGGCUCUAGGUCAUGUACGUUCUAGGUCAUGGGAAAUAAGGCCCGUUAUAUAAACUGAAGUUUGUGUGGUUCUAAUAAUGACCUGCACAAAUGAAAAUUCACAUUUCUUGAGAUCUAUUCUAUUUAAAAACAAAAAUAUUAAAUCACACACACAAAAAAGCGUUUACUAAAUGUACAGAUAUUUUGAUAACAUUUUUGCAUCUUUUUAACUUUUUGAUCUCCUAAUAUUGUACAUACUGUUUAAAAACAAUACUGUUUAAUAUUCUUUCUGUACUACUUCCUUUUAACUUAUAGUUUUAUCUCUCUUUUUUUUCCUGCAUUUUGUAUAUUUAAUAAAAGUGAAAACUUGAACCAGGUCUUUUAUACAUGCAGCCACAUCACACUAGAACGUCCCUUCUAUAUUAAAGCAUGUCAGAAAUCAGAUGCAGUAGUAGAAUUAUAGGCGUCUGUCUCAUCUCUCUACAUUCCUCUUAGAAAAACUGGAUUCAACUGGCAUUUCCCCCUAAAAUCUAUGUAUCUAGGCAUUGAAUGCUUACAGUACUGAAGAAAAAUAAAUUAAAGAUGAUUGUAUGAUUUCUCAGUGUACAAUUAAACUAUUUACACAA